UGUGUUGACGACGGCACGUGUAGCGGGUCUGAUCUAGCAUCUACCUCGUUGGGUGGGUUAGGUUUAGAUAAAAGAUGCUUUGGGUUAAAUCCUGGUUACGAAUAGACCUUUUCUGGCAGAAAUGAGCCCUGAAGGCUAGCUUCUAUGUGCGUGAGACUCCAUUAUGUAACCUGUAAGACUGACUGGGUCCACUGUGUCUGUGGGGAACCAGUAAAGAGCCACUGAAGAACUGGGACCGCAACCAGUAAGAGUCCUGUGAUGUGUUUCAGGCCGACCAUGUGGGAGAAAACGUUUCUGCUGCUGCUUCACAGUGUGGGAGCUGUCGUUGCGUCUCAGUGCUGGCAGGGGGCGACCUUCUCCGAGGCGGUGGUGUCUCCGGCGGUGGAGAGCAGCGGUAUCCUGCGGGUCCCAGGCGUGUCGUCUCUGCCGCAGUGCGUGGAGGCGUGCUGCGACCUGCCUGGUUACGACCUGGCCUGGCUGUUCGAGGGCCACUGCUACAUCCUGAGCUGCCAGCAGAGGGAGAGCUGCCAGCCCCGAGAGAGACCCGGCGCCGACUCCUUCCUCGCCUUCCUGCGGAGAGCGUCGCCGCAGACGCUGGUGCUGCAGUCUCUGGUGAGAGGAAAGCCGUACGCCAGCCGCUGGAGGCCCCUCUUGCAGCCCUCCGAGGCCCCCGGGGACCUGGAGGUCCUGAAGGACCUUGCCCUGUUCGACGGGCCCCAGCAGGACUUCUCCGACCCCGGCAUGCUGGAUGUGGAGUAUCCAGAGGGAAGCCAGAAGGAGAGGGACGGCCCCGGCUCGGAGGCUGAGAUGAGGACCGUUCAGCCAUCCUUAAAGGGAAGAGACGGGUACAACCAAUCAGAGGCUGAGGAUAGUCCAGAGAGGGGGCUGACAGAGAGCAGCGUGGCCCAGAAUAGAGCCUCCUCUGGGGGGAACAUCAGUCAGGGAGACGAGGGCAAAACCGGGAGACCAACUGAUCCUGCUGCUGUAGAGCACACAACCGAGCCACAAGGCGGCACUGAUGCAACCUCACUGACGCUCUCACUGCUACAGAAACCAACAGCUGUCUCCACCCAACAAGACCAUAUAAGGACUUCCCUUCCCACCCCUGCCACGCCCCAUUGGCCCACCAGCACGCCCAUACAGCCAGACCGACCCCUGGUGGUGUCCCCUGGAAACCCUGUAGAGAGGACGCUGGCCGCAAUUAAACUUAAUGCUUCAGUUUCCCCUGAACCCACAACUGACAUGCUGAAGGUGCUCCUGUCAGCAGCCACAGCCAGCACCCCCCACCCCCCGGACAGAACCGUGACCUCCGACCACAUCAUCCCCGCAGCUCCCAGCACCAACCCUCCAACCGUGACCACGCCCUCUGCUACGCCCGCCACAGAGUCUGAAUCAGAGGCCAGAGGGUCAAACCGUGGCCCGGUGGCCGUCGUGGGUCCUGACAGGAAGUUGCUUCUCCCGGUGAGCAGCUUGUCACUCGACGGCAGCGGAAGCAGCGACGACCGCGGCAUCGCCAGCUACCACUGGGACGCCAUCAGCGGCCCACCGGGUUUAAAGCUGGAGGGAGCAGACCAGGCAGUAGCCAUGGCGACAGGCCUUCGGGUUGGACGCUACACCUUCAGACUGACUGUCUGUGACUGGCAGGGGGCGACAGACAGCGCGUCACUGACUGUCAGGGUGCAGGAAGCCCUAAGUCUUCCUCCUGUCGCUCACGCCAGCGGCAGCCACACUCUUACUCUGCCCAACAACUCUCUGGUGCUCCGGGGCUCCAUAACCAACGGAGACCAGGCCGAGGUGCGCUACCUGUGGGUCCGAGACAGCCAGAGUCCUGCUGCCGGGGACGUGCUGUACGACUCAGAUACUCAGGCCUCCCUGUACCUGGCCAACCUGGUGGAAGGCACCUACCUGUUCCAGCUUAGGGUGACCGACGCUCAAGGGCGCUCCAGUUCCGCCACUGGCACCGUGGAGGUCCGGCCAGAGCCAGACGGAGGCGACGCGGUGGAGCUGGAGAUGCUGGUGUCGGUGUCCCAGGUCAGCGUGGCUCAGAGGGACACGGUGGUCCGACAGCUCGCCGCGCUGCUGCAUGUCCUCGACGGCGACAUCCAGGUCCAAGCGCUGCUGGGACACUCGCACCUCAGCACGGUGCUGCGGUUCUCGGUGCGGGGCCCCUCUGGGCCGACCCCCGGCUCCAGGCUGGUGGGUGUGCUGAGGAACCAGCUGCUCCGAGAGAAGAGCGACUACCUGCUGUUUAGAGUGCUGAGAGUCGACACCGUCCUGUGUUUGCUUCGCUGUUCGGGCCAUGGUCAGUGUGAUCCAAUCACCAAGGAGUGUGCAUGCGACCCCUUCUGGACGGAGAACCUGAUUCGUCGUUACCUAGGCGACGGAGAGAGCAACUGUGAGUGGAGGGUGCUGUAUGUCAUCCUGACCAGCUUCAUGCUCGUGGUCUUCAUCCUGUCCGUCAGCUGGACCGUCAUCUGCUGCUGCAAGAGGAGGAGACAGAACAAAGUGAGGAAGAAAACCAAAUACACCAUCCUGGACAACAUGGACGAACAGGAGCGGGUGGAGCUCAGACCCAAAUUCAGUAUCAAACACCGCAGCACAGAGCACAACUCCAGCCUGAUGAUGUCAGAGUCGGAGCUGGACAGCGACCAGGACACCAUCUUCAGCCGGGACCGACCCGUCCGCAGCAGGAACCGGACCAGUGGCCAGGCCGCCCGCAACGGCAACGCCUUCGGCUGACGGGGGACUGCCGACCUCCCGGUGACGCAGGCGGGUCUCCUCUGGGACGUUUGCACUCUGGCAGCCUCAAGUGGUAGCGAAAGUUUUCACUUGAAGGACUUCAUUACCCAGAAAUCCUGUUUCUGUGAGAGUCAGUAAGAUGAACCAGCGUCCCAUUUCAGGCUCAAACUCCUUCAAAACGACUUAAGGCCCAAAAGGACAGACCUGCGACUCCUCACGCAGGAUUAUAUGGGUUCAGACAUCCACAUUUGGAUAAAAAAAAAAAAUAGCAAGAUAUUUGGACGAUUCUUUACAAUAAGACAACCUUGAAGACCUGCGUUGGCAUAUUCACUUCUGAAAUGCAGACUUUUAAGGUAGAGAUUUUAAGAAGAAGCAGACAUUUUUAGAACUUGUCUUUCCCCAGAGCCACAUGAGAAGAUGGAUAGUUUCAACUGUGCGUCUAGGACGAGGUUAGCCUAGCUUAGCACAAAGACUGGAAGCAGUGCACUGCUUGCCUAGUUCCAAAAAAAUGGGAAAAAUUCCAACAACUGCAAAGUCUGUUUACAUGUUGUAUCUUGUUAACAAGCUAGUCACCGAUCUAGGGCAGCAGCUAACGAUUAUUUUCAUCAUUGAUUAAUCUGUGGAUGAUUUCCUGGA